AUGUAUAUCACCAACGUUCUUCAAGCCUUCCUUGUGGCUGCGUCCGUCUCAGCAGCCAGGGUCCGCAGGCAGAACACUAACAGCACCAAGUAUGCUGUGCAGACACCGCCACUGACCACUAAUUGGACGUAUGAAGUCGGAACGAAUCCAUGGCCUCAGUAUCCACGGCCACAAUUAGAACGCUCACAGUGGCAGACCCUAAACGGCAUAUGGACGUACCAGAACGCCUCUUCCAUUGACGCUGUCAACAGCCCGCCCUUCAACCAAGCCUUGGCUAACCAGGUACUCAUUCCAUCGUGCUUGGAGAGCGGGCUUUCGGGCAUACAAGGCACAUGGACUAGAUACUCAUGGUUCGCCACAACUUUCAACGUACCAUCAUCAUGGGCAGGAGACCGUGUGUUGCUCAACUUUGGCGCGAUCGAUUACGAGGCAACAAUCUUCGUCAAUGGACAUAAUGCCAGCUUUCACCGAGGUGGCUACUUUGCCUUCACAGUGGACGUCACCAGCCACCUCACUGGCAACAGCAAUAACAAUCUGCUUAUCUUCGUGCAUGAUCCGACUGACAGCGAUCCGUACGUGAUACCUAUUGGCAAGCAAACGCUCCACCCGUCGCACAUUUUCUACACGCCAUGCAGCGGCAUCUGGCAGAGUGUCUGGAUCGAAGCUGCUCCUGCCAGCCACAUUGCGCAGCUCCAGGUUGCUGCGGGCAUGGACGGCACAGUCAACGCGACGGUAUACAGCUCGGAUUCGAGCAACGGUGCGGUCCAGGUCUCCGUCAUCGAUCGCAAGACGAACGCCACAAUCGCUACCCACAGCGGCACUGCCAACACGCCGAGCACCUUCCAAGUCAGCUCUCCAAGCCUGUGGACUCCCAAUACGCCAAAUUUGUACGAUAUCGUGGUUACCAUGGGUAGCGACACCGUCACAAGCUACACUGGCUUCCGGACCAUUUCUCGCGGCAUGGUCAAUGGUAUCGAGCGGCCACUGCUAAAUGGCGAGUUCAUCUUUCUGUUCGGUACUUUGGACCAAGGCUUCUGGCCUGAUGGUAUCUAUGUGCCGCCCAACUACGAAGGAAUGGUGUACGAUCUCCAGACACUUAAGACGCUUGGCUUCAACAUGCUAAGGAAGCAUAUCAAAGUCGAGAUGGCAUUAUAUUAUCAAGCUUGUGACGAAAUGGGCUUGAUGGUCAUCCAAGACAUGCCGUCUUUACGGCCGCUGCAGAGUCGGACCUUGCCGAACUGCACGGUUCAAACCAUCUUGCCGGAUGCGGAUCAGCAGGCAGAGUUCACACGCCAGCUUGGUCUGUUGGUCCAGCAGCAAAGGGUCUUCCCAAGCAUAGUGACAUGGGUCAUUUACAACGAGGGCUGGGGCCAGAUAACAACCCCGUACUAUCCCGAGUUCGGCCUCACGGAUUUUGUUCGAUCGCUUGACCCGACACGUCUGAUUGACUCGACGACCGGAUGGUUCGAUCACGGUGCUGGCGACUUUAGCGACAAUCACCACUACGCCAACCCACAAUGCGGCUCACCCUUCUACUCGAUUCAAUCCAGUCCGUACGAUCCAAGCCGCAUAGGCUUCCAAGGCGAGUUCGGGGGCACUGGUAACAAUGUCUCAAUCGACCAUCUGUGGAACGUGCAAGAGGCGAUCAACACGAUCAAUCAGACCUACGAGAUUGACCUGACUCUCGAUGCAUGGAACUAUCGCGGGCACCGAUUGUUGGACGAGCUGCAAGAUCAGAUCGCGCGCUAUUCCUGCAGUGGCGGCGUGUGGACGCAGACAACCGAUGUCGAAGGCGAGGUCAAUGGACUGCUUACCUACGAUCGCCGGAUCCUGCGGCCAUACGUCUCACAAUGGCAGGCCGACAUCCAGGCAUUGUACUCGGCUGCUGCAGCCAGAGCCAAUGCAUCGGUGCCAUUGCCGCCUGGAUCCACGACGAUCUCCAGCAUGAGCGCUGCAACGCCAUCAUCGAGAGUGUCAGGUGCAGGUCCUGCGCAGCCAUCGUCUACUCAGACCGCUCAUUGGCAAUGGACGGGCAAUGGUUGGGGCUGGGGCCCUGAGUGAUGCCUGUAGUGGUUGACUACCAAGCCCAGUGCUGCUAGAGGGAACUGUCCAGCUGAAUCCGCUUUAGCACGUCGUCUCACUGCUAGUGAUAAUACCGAAU